UUUGUCAGAAACGCCAAGAACGCCAAAAACCAAAACUUUUUUGUUCGACUCGUUAUCAAGCAUUUUCGAAGUUGUUUAUUGCAUACGGCAGUUCGUACAAUUUUUGUAUUACUGGACAGGCACCGUCUAAGCAUGAAAACCAACCCAAACCAGCAGCGAGGCUCCGGUCCGAAACAUAAUAAACAAGGUAGCAAUUAUAAGAAAGGCUCGAACAAAAAUAAAUUCUUUCACAAAGGCACCCAGCAGUCAAAAGGUUUUGCUCGUGGAAACAAUCAGUCUCAAUCACCACGGAUAAAGUUUCAAGGAAAACAAAAAUAUAAUAAUGAUAGACCACCAUUUGGACAACAUCGCAACGAUCGCAGUCAAAACGCCGGCAAGUUGAAUAAACCUAAACCUCAAGGUGCGCAAACAAAUUCACACCAGCAAAAACCCCAACAGCAAAACCAGCAGCGAGCCGCACCAAAUCUGGACCAGCUGUUCACAGUUAAACCUGCAAAAUUGGACUACUGCUUGGCACCAGAGCGGCUGGAGGCACAGAGUCGUGCCUUGAAACGUUUCGAGCAGCAAGAACGGGACAAGGACCGGCAGAAGCAACGCAGCGAGAAGGAACGUCGCCACAAACUGAUGACGGCAAAAACCCGCAAGGGACAACCGGUUAUGCAAGGCCGGAUGGAGCUGUUGUAUGAAAAGGUGCAGAAAAUGGUAGAUCAGGGCUAAUCGAAAAUCGUGUGGUAAGAAAACUACUUGCUUCAGAUUUAAAUAUAUACCUAAUAAUACUUUAUUACCUAAUAUUGAGGACAGUAACAGGCUGCCUCUUCGUUUAUUGAAUUAUUUGAAAUACACUAGCUUGAUUUAAUGAUGGAUACGUGCACGUUUUGUUUUUCGAUGAGAAUAGAAUAGAGUUCAAUUUAGGAGUAAAAAUUAUAGCAAACAGGGGAGAAAUUCGGUUGAUUAGCCGGCUUCAGGCACAGAUAGCGUUCUCGUAGCUAACGACGAGUUCAUUUCCGACGGAAUUGCAGCAAUUGUCUUCGGCUAUCGGGCAUAAGUCGUUAAGCAUUAGCCUGAAAAGAAACAAGAUGAGGUGUUAGGCUAUCGGUUUUUCUGUUUUUGGGAAUAAUCAUAGUAGAAGGGUCACUAACCAUGUGUCUUUGCUGAUAUAGCUGUAGAUCUUUGGUAGUGGAAAGCCGUUGAAUGGGCUUGCCACUGGAAUGGUAUAGGCUCCCAUGUUUUCAAACACCAUCCAAUCGUCAAUCUCCAGCUCCGGAAGGCGAAUGGUUUCUAC